UGUCGCAUCUCUUGGAUGCGUCCAGCGCGCGCACAACAGAUGGAGCCUCAUAGUGUAGGGUUAAUACCGACUGAAGGGGGCGUGGUUUAGAUCAAUAAUAACCGCCUCACUGUAGUCAACUGUUAAGGAGGAAAAAAAAAGGACAACAAAAAUCAGUGUCCUAACAGCUCGGGGGAGGUAGUAGCCCUAUCUCUGCCGUCCGCGCUGGACAGCUCCAGUUUCUUGAGGCAAAGGACGCUGAAUGUGCGCGGCAGCUUCCACCGGAGGAUAUUACUUGGCCGACGGCUGAGCUGAUCUGAAGAAGGUGCGACCUGAAAUGACUGUUUGAUCGUCCCUCUGCUGCCGCGCCUCCACCACCGCGGAACCCCACGGGGGAGGAUUUCAGCGAAGGAGCUGGAUGAAACAACAGCUGAGAGACUUUUUAAAAAAAAGGAGGUGAACGGAUGGGUUAAACCGGCUGGAAUUUGUCGGCGAAGUAAACUCGUCCAGGGGAGCACAGCCUGGAGCUGCCUCAUCAGGAUUGCGACUGCCUUACGUAACUGGAGCUUUGUGGAGGGACUAGCAGGGAAACUGCUGGAGCCGAGCUGUUUAAUCACAGCGAGGAAACGCAGGUGAAGAGAGAGCAGUGCCGUUGCAAGUUUUUCUAUCCACCCAGCAUGAUUGGUGAAGGCGCUGUUUCCCAUCACCACUGAGCGCAUCAACAUGAAUAAGGGCCGCAGGCUAGGGGGCGGCGGGGCCAUCACUGUGGAGGCUGAUGUCAUCCUCCACGCUGUGAACCCUGAUCUUGUCUCCCCUGUCGACAAAGAUGGGAAUUUAUGUCCAGCCUAUGUCCAGGGGCUCCUGCAGGACGACAAGGAUUUCAGCCCUCCACCAGUGUUUGAGAAGGAAUACCUGUUGGAUGGAAGACUGAUGGAGAACAAUCACAUUGAUCAUCAGAAAGGCAACGGCUCAUACAUCUCAAGAACUGAUCAGUUUCACCUGUCCAAUGACAAGGGAGCUCUGGAUCUGCCUCCUCAUACUGACUCCACUGUGUCCAAUCACAUCACUGCCAUGCAACAAAAUUGCGCAAGCGGUGAAAUCCACAACGGCGCCAGAGCUAAAGUGUCUUACGAUGCAGAUUCCUCUGUAUGCUUGUCUAGCCAAGCCAAACAGGAAUCUGAUUGGUCAGCCCUAAAAUCGAACCUCAGCCAGAGAGCUGAAAAUACACUGGCUAAAAAUGAGCCUGAUUUAGUCAUCGAAGUCGGCGGGCAGACGAUCAAUGCUCACAAGUCUGUCCUGGCAGAGAAGAGCGACUACUUCAAAGCACGGCUGUCACGAGACAUCCUGAAAGUGAAGGGACUCAGCUACAAGACUUUGUCCACGUUGAUAGAUUAUGUUUACACUUCUCAAAUGAAUGUUAGCAAGGACAAUGUUGUGGAUGUCAUCACGGGGGCUAAGAUCCUUCAGAUCCCCUGUGCCGUCCAGGCGGCCAUGGACUCCAUGUCCGAACAAAUUACUGCAGAGAACUGCUACGAGAUUCUGACCAUCGCCAAAAAGCAGAGACUCAGUGAACUGAAGGAGACGGCCUACGGCUUCAUGAGUGACAACUUCCUCCAGAUCCUUAAAGACCCCGCCGUGUAUGGGCGUCUGACUGGAUCUGAGAGGGAUCUGAUCCUAAAGAAGAGAAUGGAGGGGAUGAAGACUCUGAUGGUUGCAGAGAUAAACGAUGUGUUUGAUCGAGUUGGGAGCCGGCCGCCGAGUCGCUGUGGCAGUCGGCCGCAGAGCCCUUUGUCAGUGGGGUCUUUGGAGGAGAACCAUAUGAUUUACUACUUCAACGAAACAGCAAAUGAUUGGAGACCCUUGACGGCGAUGCCUGAGGACAUAAACACUAAAGGGUGUGGGAUCUGCACCAUGUAUAACUACCUGUUUGUGGCAGGGGGGAUAAAGGGCUAUGGGGACAAGGGCAAGGUUUCAGACAAAGUCUUCUGUUACAACCCUGUAACCAACCGCUGGGCUGAGGUCAGACCUCUGAACCAGGCUCGUGCCCAGCUAAAGCUUGUGUCUAUGGAUGGUUACUUGUAUGCCAUUGGAGGGGAAUGUUUGUUUACAGUGGAAAAAUAUGACCCUCGCAUGGACCGCUGGACCACGGUGGCCCCCUUGCCGAAGGGAGCCUUCGCUGUGGCCCACGAAGCCACCACGUGCAGCGGAGAACUGUACGUCUCAGGAGGCUCUCUCUUCUACCGCCUCCUCAAGUACGACCCCAAGAGGGACGAGUGGCAGGAGUGCCCUUACAACAACAGCCGGAAGAAGUCCACCGACAUGGUGGCUUUCAAAAGCUUCAUCUACCGCUUCGACGUCAACCGUGAGCAGGGCAUUAAUGUGUUCAAGUACAACACCAUAGUGAAAAUGUGGCAUGAUUGCGCUUCGCAGAGGCUUGGAAGUCACUUACCCUUCAGGUGUGCCGUUAUCGGGAACUGCAUCUAUUGUGUGAACAAAACCCAGACUCUUCAGUUUGUAGUGGAGGAGGAGAACGCCUACUUUGUCGAAGAGACGCUGAGGGCACCUCUGGAGGCAAAAGGCGUUCUUUUUCCUUUUGUUCUCACUUUGCCUGAAAAGCCUGAAAAAGUUACAUAGUGUGGAUGUUUGUGUGUGUGAUCCAUAAUAACGCAAUGUAUGUGUCAUAGCAAAACUGGAAUUAGCAGAAGACCUUAUAUUCACUCCUCAAUGUCCGCUUUCUAUCUCAGUGUCUCAUUGCCUGCUUACAAUGGAAUGUGUGUAUUUGCAUGGCAAUUAAAUACGUCUACAGGGUUAAGCCUUAAAAGGAAAA